GAAAGGAAUCAGUGAGGCGUUUUCCCCGUCGGAAGAGUUUUUUCCUGGUCGCGAGGGAGAGACGCCGCCAUUCCCUGUUUCUCGUUCUCUCUACAAACAGGUGUAACGGUUUUGUUCAUCUCCUGCCUGUUCUCUGAAACCGGCGCACAGAGUAGCGCAUCUGGGUGCCCCUUUCUGCUCUUCUAGUGAAAACGAUAUCGCUUUGUUGCGUCUUCCUUCACAGAUGCUUUCGUAUCGCCUUCGGUUUUCUGAGGCCCGACUUUUCUCUCCUCUCUCCUGCUCGCCUCCCCAUGUCUUGAGUACGCCGUUUUUCGUCGGUGUGCUUUCGAGAGUUUGGUUUCGUGGUGAGCCUUUCAGCCGGUUUCGCUUGAGUUUGUCGCGCAUUCUCUUGCCUUUUUCAGGUCUUCUGAAUCGUCUCUCUCCCCGUCCUGUUGCCGGGUGUUGGCCGAGCAUCCAUCACGCGUAGGCUUCAUUCUCCCUUGAGACAUUCUCCGUUUCGUUUUCUCUCCCUUCGGCACACGUGUCAUCUGCUCACCACUUUGAAACCAGCCUAUUUUUCCAGCAGAACAGAAAAAGAAGACGACCUUGACGUCUUUUCUGGCUGCAAACGUCCCGCGUUUUGCGGGGUCAGUUCCCGGCGCGUCUGUGGGUCUCGCCCGCUGGGGCUUUGCCUUGCCGAGGCGCGUCUGCUUCUUGCUGAACUUCUUUGCGUCAAGUUCUUGGUGGACAGUGUCUCCUAACCUUUUUCCUCUCCAAAGUCUCACAAGCACAUGCAGGGAAAAAAACAUGGGGGUUCUGCGGUCCCUCUAUAGUCGCGUGUCUCAGCGAGUGUGGAGCACCCUGCACUUUCGUGUGGGCAGCCGUGGACAAGUCCGGACAAACAAAGGCUUCAAGCCAACGGCUUUUCCUCACCUUGGAGCAGCGCUGUUCUUUGCACGGAUGUCAAAAGGAUUGACUCGUGACAGCGUGGAGAAGUUUGUGAGGCUGAAUGUUUCCGAGGCUCAGAGACAGGAAAUAAAGAACUGGCCCGGUAGCGUGGUGCGCUGUAUAGAGAACGGUGCAUGCAUCCCAUCACGAGAACUCCAGAGCCGGCUCGAACAAGUCGUUGGUGUUCCACUCACGCGAAGAAAGAAACGAGCAGGGAACCGAAGGUUGUGAGGCGACUCUAGAGCGAACUUGGACAAAUUCUCGACUGCUUCUGGCGAAGAGUGCGGAUAGCACGCGUUUCUUGGCAAUUGUGUUACGCCCCUGCUUGUCUGUAAAUGACAAUGAAACAGGAUGUCGAUCGUUUUUUUGAUCACGGGUCCGGUGGCCGGUGUUGCGAAUGUGUUGUAGACUCACUACCUUCAAGCUUUGGGUUUCUUCUGAAGAUGCUGAAUGGAUUUGUUUCUCGCUGAGACGAAAACGUCGAAAACUAUUUUUGUCUCAUGAAGUGGACGAUGGAGCACGAGGCUGACAACGAAUCUUCUGAGGAAAUGACAGCGAGUAGUGUUAGGACUACGUACAUGCGCUCUGUUGGUCAUCCGCGUCAUUGCUCGAGUAAAGACAUGGGAAAUCGCGGGCCGAAUGUUCGGUAAUACGAACUGGAAGACAUGCCUCCCCUGACCCCAUGUUGCUCAGAAUCAGGCACAACACAUGCGAGAGAUACUUGGCCGUUUAAACCCG